AUGCCUCCACAUGGUUGCCCUUGCAGUUGUGCAAGUGGGCAUGUGUGUGGAUGCGGUGCUGCCCCACCAGUGGAGGAUGAUCCAGGCCUUGCUAUUCCCAAUGAGAGAGAAGACCAUUUUGAUGAAGAUGAUGGCCUUGGGGAGGAUGAUGAUUGGAACUCACCCAAGAAUGUCACCCUCAAGAGUUGGGACAGGCUGGAACAGAGUGAUGAGCUCAAAACACACUUGCUGAAGAUGAUGGUUCAUGUCAUACUCCCGGUGGGUAAUGAAGAAGACUUUUCAUGCAAACAUCCUAUGGCUCAAAGUGCUGGCAACACCAAGAGCACCCUCAACAACCUAGCAGCUGCAUUCCAUACAAUCAGGAUGCAAUGUUGCAAGUUCCCCAUUGUCCUGCAAACCUCCAGGAACAACAUUAUCAACUGGAAUGACAUUGCCCACAAUGUCCUUGCCAGCAACUCAGAAGCAAGCCUCAAGAAAUAUGCUCAGUUCAGGCUCAACUCCCAAGUAACCAUGGUCACCAGCAUUUUACAAAUCCAAGCAUGCCAGAAGUAUUAUUGUGUGCAUUGCAAGGAGCUGCACAAUGAGCAUCCCUGGUGGUAUGUGCAGAUCUUUUUCACUGAGGACCUCAUGCACCCAGACAAUUGCCUGCUGCUUGAUUCCCUGGCUUCCAACUCAACAGCCUAUCAGCACCCACCUACUGCCUCUGAGAUCUGGUUCACUGCAGUGGACAUCCACAACACUGCAAACUACACCCACAAUGAGAACAAAACGCUCAUCACUGCAACAUUCGGCAAAUAUCUUGGGGCCAUUUGGGUGUUCAAUGAUGAUAUCUUCAUUGCUGUUAUCAGUGGGGUGUUGGAGUUCCCAGCCUGGGAACAACUGUGCAGCUUCAACAUGCUCAAGGAUAUGUGGAACUCAGAGGGCCAUGAUAUCUUUUACAUGUACAUGUUUUGGCAGACAAAGUAUUUCUGUAAACAUUCCACAUACUGCUUUGGUGAACAUGCCAUCACCAUUGAGUAUGAUGCCAUCAUGGAUUGGCACUUCAUGAAAAUCUGCUCAGACAUUUUUCUCCAGUGGUUUGACAAAUUCAAGGCAUGGGCCAAUAACCCUCAACAUAACGUGAAUGAGGCUUACUUGAUACCUUAUUCUGUUAUGUUGAUCAAGGCACUGAAUGAGAUUUACAACCCUGUUGACCCCAUGCAGACUGCUCUGGUUUUACCGGACAAUCACUAUAUGUAUGGCAAGCAGUGGGUGGCCAAGGUCCAAAUGUUCUUUGAUGAAUACCCCACCACCAUUAUCCUCACCCCAUGCAUUGUCCUGAUGAUUGUGAGGCUCAUUGAUGAGUAUGAGCAUGUCUUCAAAGAGGUGGCAUGGUGGGUCCUGCUCCAUUACAAGCAUGUAUCGAAAGGCACUGGUAUGCAAGCUGAAGGAGAACAGCCCCCCAUGUUUGCCAUGCUCCUUGCUAACACAUGCAUUACCUGGGAUGAAAACCAGGACUUGCAUGACAAGUACAUCUGCUAUGUAAGCACACAUCUGUACUUGUUUGCCUGGCUCUCAAACAGGUUUAGUUUGCAGCUGAGCUUUGUCCCCUCCACCUGA